UACAAGUAGUGUAUGUAUGGUUUUCUUUUAAUAUUCUUCGCGGACCAAUUUGGACUGACGAUAGAAAUUUCUCAGAUAGGGUGUUUCGUCGGAGGUGUAACACUUGCACCCAAGGAAAACACAUGGGUCGUAACGCCAGUGAAUCGGGCACCUCGUACAAUCGACUGGAGGAGGAUGAUGGGGCGGGCGUAGAGACAGUGCUAAAUUUUUACCGUUGGGUCGUUGAAGAGCUUCACGUGCACAAUAUAUCAGUUGGCUGGCUCGACACAGCAACGGACGUUGCUAAACAGAUAGCUAUACGUCAACAAGCUGGUAUUACUGUUUACCAUUCCAUCAGCGAAUUUUGGAGGAAUAUCAGAGUCGAACGACCGAUUGAAGACCACGAGUUGGUACUGAAGCUUUUUGUUCAGCAGCAGGCAUUCAGGACCGAAGUUUUUAGAUUCGGAUAUCAACGAAGCGAAUACCGAUACAAUUUUUUGAAAAAGUCCGGAAAUUUCUUCAUAAGAAAAGACCAAGUCCAAUGCAAUCCGCGUCUUGACGAACCGCCUAAAUUUGUCCAAAUCGCAGAUCCAAAUUUUCUAAUAACUGAGGAUGAACCGUUAAAUCCAGAAGUAGCCAAUCCAAUUUUUGCCUCCGAGCUCUUGUAUCGUAACAAGCGAGGCAGUUGGGUGCCCAGAAGCUGCCUGCUGAGAAAUAAGAAGUUUUAUAUGGGUAACAAUUUGCACCUUGUCACCAAAUGUUACUACAUGACAGACGAGCAAUUCGACAGCGAGAUAGGUCAAAUUACCAAUAAACGCCAUCGACGACGUUCCCGUUUGAAAUUAGUUGGUUCAGUGGACGAUUACCUUUUCUACACCGGCUGGCAUGGGGAUACUUUGCUGAGUGCACCUGAAAAAUAUGUGUUGGUGCUGCGCCCUGAGAAACGUCCUGCGUCCCUGAAAUUGGCCAGAGAGUCUUCGAUGCCCUACGAACCCAAAUAUUUCGUCAGUCGCAAUACUAACGUCAUCUAUCAGUGGUUCACCGCUAUGAGGCUGGCCAAGUACGGAAAAAUACUUAAAGAAAAUUACGAAACCUUCAAGCGCAAAUCAAAAGAGGGCAAUGCAUCUCCCGAGCGUUCUCCUGAGGAGGUAUCGGGCAAUCGCGUACCGAUGGAUUUUAGUCAUGGAGGUCCGGGGCGUAUAAUACAGGACCCCCAAGAGAUGGAAGGCAUGGAUCAGAACAGGAGCCGAAGAAUGGUAUAUCGUCGCGAUCAUCCCUCGGGAAUAACAAUAGCCAACGACGGCCAUUACACCACAAAGCUGUAUUACCACGCAAAUCUGGGCAGAGACGAAGCCGCGCAUUUAGUGACCAUGGCUGGUAAAGAUGGAGCGUUUUUGCUUCGAAAUAGCCAUUCGAAUUCCAAUAGCCUUGUGUUAACGUACACUCACAGGGGUCGGGCUCACCAUCAUUACGUCAAACCGUUGGAAAUCAGUAUGCAGGACGGCCAAAAAUGCGUCGUUGCCACGUUGGACGGGAUGACCAAAUUUUUUGAGGUCCACGAGUUGAUCGAGUUUUAUCGGUUAAAUCAAGGCACUUUAUAUUCUGUGCUGCGGUUUCCAAUAGAACGCAGUAGGAAAAAACGCGACGAUAAGACUCAGAGUCCCUGCAGCAGUUCCGCCCAAGAGGAGUCCUGCGUAUCGGAACAACAAAAUCUCGACUUUUCCGCUCAGAAGGCUGCAGAUAUCGCGGAACCACUAAAUCCCAAUAAUUGUCCGAUCUGUGGCGUCGUCCUUGGGUGGCAAGUUCCCGGUAAACCCGAGAAAUGCAGAAUAUGCUCGCCCCACAAAGAGCCAGAUUCCAAUCCGACAUGAUCUGCUCUCCGCUACUACUUUACGGCUAAUUUGGUCACUGACUUGCUGUGCGUUGCACCAAAAAGUAAUAUUUUCCUUUUUUUUUUCUUCAUUGAUUUUUCUAAGUAGAUCUCAAUAUUGUGUAAUCUUAGACAUAUAUCUAGUGGUUGUUUUCUAAGGAUUCUUGACGAUAAUCUGGUCCGUAGGAUGUGAUUGUAGUUUUUUUUUUUUGAGGAUUUUGAUGUCGCCUGUUUUUUAUGCAAGAGUUUAUCAAACACUGGCCAUUUUGUCAAAACAGGCAACUCUCGUCGGAUUUAAAUCAGAACCCAAAGACGAAACUUUCUGUACGAUUUCCUUUGGGUAAUAUCUCGUAAAUAUUUAGACACCACAUCGUUUAUAAUUUCCUUGUUUUUUCGUGUGUUUAUAAAGUCUUUAAAGUCAAUUAGUGUAACGAAUUAUUUUUCCGUCGAAUAUAUUUACCCUUAAAUACUGACACCGUCUUUUUUACCCGUAUAGUAGUUUUGUGCGGGUGACAAGCUCAGCAAUAUCCUUUUUUUUUACUAUCUCAACCCGAUAAACCGGAUAAAACAAAGUUGUGGCUGCAAAAAGCCGCUCAUAUUUUCCUUUUUGUGCUGAAGCCGUUUUGACGAUUUCCCUUUUGGAUAAAAAUACGAGAUUUGACUUUCGCAUGGAUUCGCAUUUAACGACUACGAAUGCGAAUAGUUGAAAUCCUUCAGUUUUCAGGGAUAUGUUUUGAUAGUCGUACGGUUCGUUAGAUUCAUUUUAGGAACGUAAGUUUAAGAUUGUAGCAUUAAGUAAUACUGGGAGCAUCAGAAAAGUAAAAAAAUUGUAAUUUUAAGGUAAGAGUUAGGUUAGACGGGCGUUGUUUUUGUCUUACCCUGUAACUUAAUAUCAACACGUUACUGUUCCAUCUGGCAAGAAAUUGAAAACCCAAAACGAAACAAAAACAAUCGCCAUACUUUGAUCUGCGCGUGUAUUACAAUAUGCUUUUUGUCAGUAUUAAUCUUUUCGAUACACAGGGUGACGUAUGAUAGAUAGGUAGUUGAUAAUCUCUCCAAUUUAAAAAGAAGUUUUAUAUAAUUGUCCCGGAAGGCUGUGGUUGCUUUCUGUUUUAGUGUGAUUUUAAAGGUGAUAACAUUUAUGUGUGAUAAUUUGGGUCUCGGUCAGGGAAAAUAUGGGAUUUUUUUAUGAAAAAAAAAAAAACACGUUGUAUAAGACUGCUCUAACUGAAACAAUCCUUUCAAAAACCACACAUUGAACUGUAAUUUUGUCACGCGAUAUUUCGCUGAGCUUGAUGUUUAAUUGGCGGAAAGCUCUCACGAGAAAUGGAAAAGCAAUACGAAUACCAGAAAAAUUCAAGUAGAUUGUGAUAUUUUUUUAGUUUGUAAAGAAUAUGAUAGGAAGUACAAAAAUCUGUAAACGGUGAUAGAAAACGUUUGGUAAAUUGUGUUGCAACUGCGCUUUUUCUAAUGUUCGGCAUCUCGGGCUGGUUUGAAAUAAAAGAUGGCCACGAUAUGGAACUUUUUGAGGUUACCCGGGGGGAAUCAAGGGCCAGUUUUGAAUACUUUUAAAUAUAAGAAUGACUGAACAGUCAGUAGGUCGGUGUCGAACUUUUUGAGUGUCGUUGCAAAGCUUCGUAUUAGAGAUACUUCAGUAUAUUUUUAUAAAUGUCAUUUCAGCGUUCAACUAUUUAAAUAUUCAUCAUUGUAAUCUCAUUCUUAUGCACAAAUUUGUAUUUCGUUUUUUAACCACUUUCAAUAGAACUAUGUAUUCGCUUGUAUUCCAUCGAGUAAAUUAAGUAAUAAAAGGACAUAAUCACAGAAGUAGUAACUUAGCUUAGAUAGUUAAGUGUAUCCUAUAAAAUGUAUUCUCUUCGUUUAUGUUAUCACAUUUCUUUUCUAUUUUUAUUGUUUAAUAUAUUCGACUCAUAC